AUGGAACAUGAGUACAGAAACUUUGUGGUUAUGGACCUUUAUCAUAACUUUCUAACUGGCUUUGACCAACCUCCUUUAGUGCUUCCUUGGGUUAGACUGCACAUUUUAAACCUUAGUUCUAACAUGCUGCAAGGAUCACUUCCGACUCUACCCUUGUCCACCAUUGUUUAUAAUGUCUCAGACAACAAACUAGAUGGAGAGAUUUCACAACUGAUCUGCAAUUUGAGUUCUCUAUAUGCCCUUGAUUUAUCUUACAACUACUUCAGUGGCAUUAUUCCCCAAUGCUUGGGAAGCUCUACUGAUUCUCUGUCAAUAUUGAAUCUUCGAAACAAUAAUCUUAGUGGCCCCAUUCCUCAAAUAUACGAAAGAGGAAGCAAACUAAAAAUCGUCGAUUUGAGUCAAAACCAAAUUGCACGGGAUGGUGCCAAGAUCUUUGGUGAACUAUUUCAUGGUGCAAUAAGGCAACCUGAAUCGAGCUUUGCUUUUCCCAAGUUGCACAUCAUUGACCUUUCUCAUAACAGUUUUACAGGGGAGCUGCCUUCAAAUUACUUCCAAACCUGGGGAGCGAUGAAAGUCGUUGACAAUAAUCAGUCAUAUUUGCAGGCAAGGAAAGAGUUAACUAAAUUUGGUUGGCAGGUAAAUUACAGUUACUCAAUGACAGUAACAAACAAAGGGGUGCAAAUAAUAUAUUUGAAGAUCCUGAAUAUCUUUACUGUCAUUGAUCUCUCCAGUAACCAAUUCGAAGGAAAGGUUUCAGAAUCUAUUGGGAUUCUUAAGGGGCUUCACGUUCUCAAUCUUUCCGACAAUAAUCUUAUUGGCCAAAUCCCAUCUUCCUUGGGGAACCUAACAGAGCUUGAAUCAUUAGACCUUUCUCAAAACAAGCUCUCAGGAGAGAUACCUCAACAACUAAUCCCACUCACAUUCCUUGCAAUCUUCAAUGUCUCAUAA